UUCUAUAACAGGUUUUUUGGAUACUUUACAACUUGGAAGGAAAAAAUGAUAUGAGAGAAACGAAGAUUUCCUAACAUCUGAAAUAUUGUUUUUGUUAUGAAUCUGUUUGUUUGUAAAUCUAUGUUUGCCUAAGACACUAGGCUUAGGUUUAGGACUCAGUUUACAUUCAGGAAGAUGGAUGACACUACAAAGCAAAAAACAGGUUCUUCUCGAAGAGAAGUGAGCAUUAAAAAGCAAAAGAGAAUUUUUAAAAUUAUUGUAAUUGGUGAUUCUAAUGUUGGAAAAACAUGCCUGACAUUCAGAUUCUGUGGUGGGUUAUUCCCUAUGAAAACAGAGGCAACAAUUGGAGUUGACUUCAGAGAGAGAAUUGUUGAGAUUGAGGGAGAAGAACUUAAACUACAACUUUGGGACACUGCAGGCCAGGAAAGAUUUAGAAAGAGCAUGGUUCAACAUUAUUAUCGCAAUGUUCAUGCUGUUGUAUUUGUCUAUGAUGUUACUAAGAUAGUUUCAUUUGAAAGCUUAUCACAUUGGAUAGAAGAGUGUGAUCAAUAUCAAUUAACUACAACCAUUCCACGUGUCAUUGUUGGUAAUAAAUGCGAUUGCACAGAUAGCAUUUCUGUUAACACAAAUAUGGCUCAGAAAUUUGCUGACCUCCAUAACAUGCCUCUUUUUGAGACUUCAGCAAAAGAUGACAGUGAAGCAGACCAUGUGGAAGCGAUCUUUAUGACAAUAGCUCACAAGCUGAAAAAUUCCAAACCAAUGAUGUCCCCACUAUUGCACAAACAGGGUACACUUGAUGGCACUGUUUCACAGUCUAGUGGUGUUAUUUCUGUUGGAAAAUCUCAUGCUAGAGAGGCAAAAAAAAGUAACUCAGUGGAUGAGAAUGAAUUAUGGUGUGCUUGUUGAAAUAGUAUAUUAUUUCAUAAGUCAGCAUUCUAUUGAUCUAUUACCAUAAACACUUAUUGGAAACAGUGAGGGCUCCUGACCUUAUUUUAUGGUAUCUGCUAUUGAAAUUGUAUCUUGAUAUAUAGAGAUUAAUAAUAGAGACACUUUUUUUUCUUCAAUGAGAUCACUUGGCAAAACUUUGGAAAAUGUUGACUUUUUACUCUAGUAGAACUUUUUAAUGCUUUAAUUCCUUACAGGUAGAACAAGGCCUUUAUCAAAAUACUAAGCUGAAACUUGAAAACCAUUAAACUGUCUGAUGGAAUACUUUCUGGAGGAAAGUUAUCAUGAAUAUAUUUUAUUAUGGUGAAAUGAAAUUUCUUCAAGUUCUGGUAACUAAAUUGUUAAUGAUAUUGUUAUGUGUUUAAUAUAUUUGUCACUGUUUUCUGUGUGAGAUUGUGCACUACCUUUAUUCUCAACAGAGGAAUAAAGAAAAGCCUGGUCAUUCCAGUUUUUUAAACUGUCUACAAAAGUAAUUUUUUUUGUCUACUUUCAGUGAAGUAGGAACUAUAGAAGGAAAGUUUUUUGUAUUGGAUGAACUUUGAGUUUCAUAACCAAGACUGACAAAUCCUCUUAAAUAAAAUAUGUUUAGCAAACAAGAGUCAUGGCUUUGUAGUCUGUCAAGGAUUUCUAAUCCAGAACCUGAGAAUAAGUUGACUUCCAAAUAAAUGAAAUAAGAAGUAGAAAUAAUGAUUUUGCUUUUGAGAAGCACUUGACAAGAUAUAAGAUGAAGUUUUGUGUAAAUUGGCAUAUCAGAGUAGUUGAAAAGAAAAUGAAAAAAGCUACUAAACCUCCUUAAUCCUUGCAUUACCAAGAUAUCAAAUACAUGUACUUAUAUAACUAACAUUGGUACAUCUUCUGUAAGCCUAUUUUUAUUAUCCAUGGAACUGUUAUUUAAGUUUGGUGAAUUAUAGUUCUUAUAAAGAAUUUGUAAAAUUUUUUAAUAGGAAAAUGUUAUCUGUGUGUAUACAUUGUAUAUAUAUAUAUAUAUAUAUAUAUAUCAAUAUUAGUAAUCAAAGGAUAUGAUAAAAUCAACUUUUCUUUGACUUUGAUAAAAAUACACUGCAACUGAAUCACUUACUUUAGUGGGUUUAGAAACACUGCUACAAUAAAGAGCAUGGUUUAAGAAAGUAAAUAACACUAGUUACAAUGGUAAUAAAAUCUAGGAAAACUUUGAUUUGACACCUAGAUUUUAUUACCAUUGUAUCUAGUGUUUUUUACAUAAACUUUGUCUUGCAUCUUUUGUGCAUUUUUUUAUAUAUAUUUUUUGUGUUUGUAUAUGUAAUAAGAAGCAGUUUACUAGCAAAGCUGACUUGUCUUCCACACAAAACUAGUAUUAAUGAUGAAAAGCAGGGUGACUGACACAAAACAAUAUAUGUGUUGGAAACAAUAAAAUGAUAUUGAAAUUAUAUUGUUAUUUUUUAAAAAAGAAAUGACAAAGACUUGCAGACUCAAAUUUUUGAAAACAAUUUGUAAAAAAUUGUGAUGAGAUACUGCAUACAGAAUGAAUUAGAUAACUCACAUGUAAGUACUACUACACAUUUAAACAUCUCUGCCACUGGCUACUCAAUGUUAACACACACACACACACACACACACACACACAUAUAACAGUAUAAAUACAAUGAUUAAGACUAGUGUAGGAGUUAAGCAUUUGCAGUUUGUUAGCUGUAAUGGGUGCAAGGAGUGGGUUUUAGUUUGGAACUCAUGACUGGAAUGUACUUUUAAAGAAGCUAGUAAUGAAGAUGUACAAUUUUUAUGUUGAGUUUGUAGGUUGGAGGAAAGUUAGAGGCAAACAUGAUUAAAGUAGGUGCAAUAGAUAAAGAGAAGUGUUGAUUGUGGGAAAUGGCAGCAAGAUUUCAGGAGGAGCUUAAGUUUUUACCUUCAA